AGCUUCUUCUCGUCUUAUAUAUAUGAACCCUAAAAAAAUCUUCUCUAAAACCCUUUCAAAAACCCUAAGAAUCAAAUCCAAGAGAAAAAAAGAAAAUUCUAAUUUAUAGGCGCCGUUGUGUUGCUUCUUCUUCUUCAUUUGCUUUCCUCUACACAAAGGAAAGCUAUGGCGGAAAGAAACGAAAAGAAACGCAAAAGAAUUGAAAACACCCAAAAGCAGCAGAAUAAAAAACAAGAUGGUGAGGUUAAGAAAGAAGAAAGAGACGGAAACAGUGAAGAAAUGGCCAAAAAGGGUCAAGAAAUCCAAGCGAAGAGUAACUCAAAUAAGAAAUUCAAGAAGGUUUUCCCUUACGGAAAUUACAAGAGCUAUUAUGGCUACAGAAUUGGAAAGGGUCCUGAAAGGGAAGAAGAUCCUCGCAUUAGGGUGUUGAAGAAGGAGUGGUUUGAAGGGAAAGAUUGCUUGGAUAUUGGGUGUAACAGUGGCGUUGUUACAAUCCAAAUUGCAAAGAAGUACAAUUGCAAGAGCAUCCUAGGACUUGACAUUGAUUCUGCUUUAAUUGAAGAAGCAUUUUGGUACCUUCGGAAAUUUGUGAAAAUGGAAUUUGCUGAGAAGAAAAAUACAAACAAUACCAAUGUAAAGGCUGUACAAGAUGUAAAUGAGUCGGAGCAGUGUACUAAUAAGUCUUCAAACGAAGGUGCUGACAACGGUUCAAGCCAUCAGUCUUCUUGUGAAAGAAAUCUAUCUGAUAUAGUCUCUUUUCGACAAGAAAAUUUCGUGAGGAGUCGUCCGCAUGAUAAGCAGUACGAUACAAUUCUUUGUUUGAGUGUGACAAAGUGGAUUCACCUGAACUGGGGUGAUGAUGGCUUGAUUACCGCGUUCGGGAAGAUUUGGAGACUUUUACGUCCGGGUGGCGUUUUUGUAUUGGAACCUCAACCUUGGUCAUCAUAUGAAAGGAACCGCAGAGUCUCUGAGACAACAAGAAGUAAUUAUCGAGAUAUCAAAUACCGACCUGAUUUUUUUCGGGAAAUGCUUCUAGACAAGAUCGGAUUCAGAAGGGUUGAAGUUGUAACUUCAGAUUUGUCGGGAACUAGAACCGGUUUUAAUAGACCGAUCUUUGCAUACUACAAAUGACCAAUUUUGAUAGUUCGAUUUUGUUGAAGGGGUACCGAGACUAACUUGGACGUGAUUUUUGCCUGUUACCAGACAUGGGUUUACAUAUCUAUGGGGGCAAUGGCGCAAGUGCACCCACGGGAAUUGUAGAACUUUUUGUAAAAUAUGCUGUAACUAACAAAACUUUGAACUUGGCUUUGAGUGAAAUCUUUGUUACGUGUCUUUAAA